CUCCUGAGCUGCUACUCUACUCUCUCUCACCCAUUCACUGUCUAAUAGGAAACAAAUCUGCCCCUGGACAUGCCAGGGCUUAAAAUAGAUGUUGAGACAGCAGCCUUUCCCCUUCUUCAGCAGCAACAGCGUCAGUAGCAGGAGCGGCAGAAGCAAGGAGAGGGAGAGCAGAGGAGAUGGCCGACUAGAUCUGAAGGAGAAGCCUUCUUUCCCAGCUGAGAAAAAUCAGAGCCUUGACAAAGGUAAAGUAACUGGGGCCAGCUGGCUCUCUUGUUGUCUCUUUGUGGCACUUCCACGGCAGGACAGAGCCUGUGGCUUCCUUGGUCUUUCCCCCUUGCGCUGUGCCAGCAAGGAGAUGCUUCUGCCUGUUCUCUCUCUGAGAAGCUGCCAUUUAGAAGAAGCAGGCUAUUCAAUGCUUUGCAUGUUUGUAUGUGGCAGGGAACUGUGGCAGAACUUUGGCAGGAUCGAGGCUUGGUGGAGUGGGAGGUCUCAGGCUGCAUGCAUGACCCUGUGAUAUUUACUCUCUGCUACCUAACUUGUCAUCCCAACAGUGCGGUGGAAGGAAAACGAGAGCCAGAUUCAUGCUGAUGUGCAUAUAAGGGUGGGGUAUCUAUGGGUCACAUAGUUCAGGGGAUUGAUCCUGGUCUCAAAGAAAAUGUGCCUCCUUCCCAAACACUGCUGCCACGCAGAACUCGUUCUUGGAGCUCAUGUCUUUCAAAACAUAUCAAAGCUCUUGAAAGGCUGCUUUUUGGCCAAAAAAAUUGCCGGGCUAAGAACCAGCGCAAUUGGGCAUGUGGAUAAUUUUGGAAGGACUGAGGGGGGUAGAUUUGAGGACUCUGCUUGGCUUUUAGGCUUAAACUGGAUACCUCGAGCCAGAGACGUCUUCUUCACACUCAGUCUCAUUUUUCUGCCUCUGUAAAGUGGGAACAAUUGUGGCCUCCCACUGAGAGGACAGAUAAAAUAAGGGCUCUUAUGCAUGAAACCCUGUGAAAAAGAUAGAUAACAAGGAGAGAGUUGCGCAGCAUGGGAACAUGGCUUCUUAUCUUGCUCGUCUUAUGAGGCUGGGAAGCAAGGCAGACAAAACAACAAGCAGGAGGCAAUCUCUACUUUCCCCUCUGCUAGUGCUCCGGUGGGAGCAUUAAAAGAGCAGUGCAUCGUGUGCAACAUCGUGCAGGAAGAAAAACCUCUCCCUCCCCACCCCACGCAUGUAUUCUGAACAGGGCUGGUCCAUGGAGAGGAGUGGAUCUGUUGCAUCUGAUCUCCAGCCUGGAAGGGUGCCCCACCCAGUGCUUGAUUCCCGUUAAGCUAAAGGACCAUCGGCUACCAAUCCUUUAGAAACACAGCUGCCUUGCUGCAAAAGCCACGGGCCCAAGAUGAGCUGUUCCAGGAGGGCCGGGGAACCUGUGGCUCCCCAGAUGUUGUUGGACUCCAUUUCCCAUCAGCCCCAGACAGCAUGGCCACCGGUCAGGGAUGAAGGGAGUUGCAGUCCAGCCAUAUCUGGAGGAAUCUGGUUUUCCCACCUCUGUGUUAUAGCCCAGUAGAUGGAAAAGCUUUAUUUCCCUUCACAGGCUUGUAAAACCUUCCCCUGCUGGGUUAAAGCACUCAGGUUUCAGACUGGCUGCCACCCCCGAAUGUAAUACUUUAUUUUGAUGUAGCAAUGAAGGAGAGGGUUGUUGUUUUUCUACUCCUGGACCUUCUCAUGAAGGGUAAGGAAGAGAUGGUGUUGGCACUCAGCUCACUGGCCUGAAGUCCCCCUCCUUGAACUGUCUGCUAUCAGGGGCUCAAGCAGACUCCUCCAUCCCCCAUUUUGUUCACAAUCCACAGGCCGCAGAGUCCUUAUAAAAGCAGUUCUGCUUUCAAUCGGUAAACAAGGGGAAGAUAGAAAAACCACCGCCGUGUGUGAGGGCAUCCCUGUUUCACUCCCAGACCGAUACGCAGGCACAGCUUGCGCCAAGUUCAGAAAGUACAGAGCAAUAUUCUAAACAAUUUUACGCAAUUCAGAAACAACCAAUCAUUUCUGGUGAUUGUGUUAAGCGUGUGUGUGUAUGUGCACCCAUUUCUGAACACAAUGCGAUAUCCUCUGCAUUACCCAGUUCAGAUUUUUGGUAUUAUCAUCAUUUUUGCCUGGCACCACACCCAGCAGCAAAGGCUCCAGAGAAAGCUGUCCUCUUGAAGCAAGUCAGCACCAAAGUGGAUGUGACAGCGUGAUGGAGCCUAUGCUUUGAAAUCAGACAUUCCCAGCAGUUCUGAAUGAAGACAUGUAGCCACCUGAGAUGGCCCAGCAAAUACCACUCUCUGCUUUUCUUUUUCCUCUUCCUCCUCAUGCUCUGUACUUUGACUUUUGCCUCUGCUACAGCAAGGGCAGGUGAGUCAACAGGCUGUCACCUGUUCAGAAGGUGGGCAGUUCGAAUCCCCGCAACGGAGUGAGCUCCCGUUGCUCGGUCUCUGCUCCUGCCAACCUAGCAGCUCAAAAGCACGAAGUGCAAGUAGAUAAAUAGGUACCGCUCCGGCGGGAAGGUAAACGGCGUUUCCGUGCGCUGCUCUGGUUCUCCAGAAGCAGCUUAGUCAUGCUGGCCACAUGACCCGGAAGCUGUACGCCGGCUCCCUCGGCCUGUAAAGUGAGAUGAGCGUCGCAACCCCAGAGUUGUCUGCGACUGGACCUAAUGGUCAUGGGUCCCUUUACCUUUACCUUACAGCAAGGGCAGGUGAGUCAACAGGCUGUCACCCAACAAUGACUCACUCAGAAGAAGGACCCUAUAUCAAGGAGUGAGGAAUCUUAAUCCCAGGGACCCAGUGAGCUCUUCCAAGCAUCUCUCUCUGAUCCUCAAAACUAACCCUUUUUUGCUAUCCCAACUUCAGAACCUGAGAGUUUUUGCCAGGCUGGAAUUUGUCCUUGAACUCUGGAAUGACUCUUACUUUGAGGGAUAGGGAGGGAUUGUGUGGAAAUCAGCCUCCUGUACAAAGGUCAAUUUUACACCUGCUGCGCUGCCCACUUUGGCCUCUGGCCUCACUCAACACCGGCAUGUCUACAGGGUCAGUCUCAAACUGAGACCUUGUAUUGGGGCAAGUGGCUAUUUUUCUGGGGCAAGGCGUCGAUUCUUUCUGAAGUUCAAAGGGCAUUUGUCACGGCAGCAAAGCCAUGGGUAGUCUCUUCAAGGCCACUUCCCCCCACAAUGCCUUGCUCUGAGGAGUGACUCUUUCUCAGAGUAAGGCAUGAGGAGCAACAGAGGAGAUGUGGAUGGGCAGUGGGCAGCCUAGAGAAGAGUUUGGAUUUGAUAUCCCGCUUCAUCACUACCCUAAGGAGUCUCAAAGUGGCUAACGUUCUCCUUUGCCUUCCUCCCCCACAACAAAUGCUCUGUGAGGUGAGUGGGGCUGAGAGACUUCAGAGAAGUGUGACUAGCCCAAGGUCACCCAGCAGCUGCAUGUGGAGGAGCGGGGAAGCGAACCCGGUUCACCAGAUUACGAGUCCACCACUCUUAACCACUACACCACACUGGCUCCUCCUAGAGGAGGCACCACUGCACUGCUCCUCAAAGUCCUCUGCCUAAGAUGUGUCUCAAAUGGCCUAAACGAGAGGGCUAGAUGUGGGCCUCAGGUUCAGUCCUGGCAUCACUCCACAGGAUCAGACAACAGAGGGUGCGAAAGACCCUCUGCCUGGGAUUCUGAAGAACUGCUGCCUGUCAGAAUACCAGGGGUUAGCAAACUUUUUCAGCAGGGGGCCGGUCCUCUGUUCCUCAGACCUUCUGGGGGGCCAGACUGUAUUUUGGAAAAAUAAUGUGAACGAAUUCCUAUGUCCCACAAAUAACCCAGAGAUGCAUUUUAAAUAAAAGGACACAUUCUACUCAUGUAAAAACAUGCUGAUUCCCAGACAGUCCGCGGGGUGGAUUUAGAAGGCGAUUGGGCCGGAUCCGGUCCCCAGACCUUAGUUUGCCUACCCAUGGAGUACACAGCACUGGGCUUGGUUGAAAAAUAAUCUGACCCAGCAGAGGCCAUUUUUAAUAUUCUGAAAUAACUUCCUAAUAGCUGCAGCUGCAAUGCUCCCAGCCUCCCAGAAUGGGUUUGGCACCUCCUAUCUCCACUGCAAAAAAGUGGAUUGUGUCGCACAUUCCCCCAACCUGAUUCUGACAGAAAAGAGCUGUGAAGUGGCAGGCUGAACAUAUUCCAAAGUUCAGCAAGAGAGGGUCAGAUAGAUUGAUACAACAGCAGCGUUUGGAUAGGCAUACGAUGAAGUCACCUCUGGGCACAGUUGCUGAAAUGAGAGGUGCCGGAGACCCCUAAUGUCCAGCUUUUGUGGAAUCUGCCUGAGGUUACUCGGUGGUGAGAGAACAAAAUUUUGCCCCUUCUCCAGGGAGCACCAGCUCUUUAGGACAACUUCAUACAUGCUAAAGCUGCGUCUUCACUGGGCAUUUGCCACUAAAUAGUCAAACCUGGUGAACUCACUUUUUACAGGGCAUGUGCAUGAAAUCAUGGGCAAGGUUUUGCAUGUUUCUCAUGUUUUGCCUGUUCAACUUCUGUUUGUUUUCCAGAGCUCAGAAAAGCUGCCUUUUUUUAGCUCCAUGGAAUAGCUGCACAAUUUCUGCAGGCGUCCGUGGACUAUUUUGUUGCUAUUCUGACUACCUAUGGCCUGCAUAGAUUACUCUAGCCAUUUCCUAAGAGCAACUCUGGCAUUUUAACUCUCACUUUUCCAAACAGCAUUGCUUUUAUAUCUAAUCCCUCCAAGCCGCCGGGCCUUAAAUUAAAAUGGGAAAGAUAAUGAUUAGGGUGUAUUUAGCCCUGUUUCAAUGCACAGUAGUCCUAAUGAAAAUCCCCCUCACCCACAAACCUUUGGGGCUUAAGAAAGGGAGGCUGCCCACUUGGCAGGACAUGUUACGAGUCGCUGUUCCACUUCUAGCUGAAAGCAACACAGCAACAAUUGGGUGUUGCUAAAUUAUCCACAGCUGGAAAGCACCUUAAGACAUUGGGGAAAGAUUCCCAAGUGUGGCCCUGGUGUGUUCUGGCUCAGAUUAUACCCCCGGUGUCACUAUGCAGAAGCAGAGCAAUUCAGCUCAGCAGUUUUGAGAGCCAGGAAAGUGAGCUUCAGGUUAUAUAGGAAGGUGUCUUGGGGACCAGAUCUAACUCUUUGUCCAUCUAGGCCACUGCUGCCUACUCUGACUGGCAACAGCUCCCUGGGGUCCCAGGCAUAGAGGGGAGCUUCCCAUCCACCUAAGUGGUCCUUUCAGCUGGAGAUGCUGGAAAUUAAAACAAGGACAUUCUGUAUGCAAAAGUCGUAUUCUUUCCACUGCAUGACAGUUCCUCCCCAAAGAGAGCAGAAAUGGGUUGCCUUUUCCUCCUUGGGUUCCUUAAAAACUUUCUGCCCUCCUAGUAGAAAAUCAGAGCUCCCCUAAAUACCACAAGAGGAUCCAAGUGUGUGUGGAGCUGGGUGAAUAAUUUGUCUUUUUCCUCGUCUUGUAACGGGGUCAGUGCCAGGGUGGAGAUAUCUUGAUUUUUGUUUUUCUUCUCCUCCAGCUCCUGGCUGUCUCUGUACAAAGCUCCUGGCACCUGCCAGCCUCUCUCAUUACUAUUCCUGCCUUGGCAGCCUCUAAGCUGGCAGAGCUGUGCUGGCCAAACAUCGUUUUGAAGGAAGGCAGCAGCUGAGCUCAUCCCGAUCCCAACUGGUCAGGAGAUGCCAGCUCAAAAGCUGAGGAAAACGCCAACCAGCGUUUAUUUCUCCUCUGCACAUGUGAAUUCAUUAAAAGUCAUGUAAAAUGAUUGAAUACCCAUUAUCGAACACUAAAGUGGCAGUUGGGUUUCUUCGCUUGUCUAUUUGAACAAGAAAGCAGGUUUCAAAUUGUCCAAGUACACGGGCAAUCCAAUGUAGUGUCAGGCCCCAUCUGAACUACACAUUUAAAGCAGGAUCAUACCACUUUAAACAGCUUCCCCCAAAGAAUCCUGGGAGUUGUAGUUUGUUAAGGGUGCUGAGUGCUAGGAGACUACUAUUUCCUUCACAGAGCUACAGUGCCCAGAGUUUUUGGAGAUGUAGGAUUGAUUGUUAAACCACUCAGACAAUUGUGGUUCUGUGAGAGGAACAAGGGUCUCCUAACAAUUCCCAACCAAAAUCCCUUACCAAACUACAACUCCCAGGAUUCUUUGGGGGAAACCAUGGCAGUUUUAAGCGGCUGUGUUGCUGCUUUCAAUGCCUGGCACUGAUGGGGCCUGAAACAGAAAAAGCUAGGCAGGAGCAAGCAGACAGAGUUAAUAAAUGCCAAACUCACCGGGUUCCUGGAGCUCAGGCUAUUGAGCCCCCAAACUAGUAGUGUUUCAAGGGCAACAUAGCUGCCAAGCCCAAUUUGUCCCUUCGAGAUCAUCCGAAACAACAUGUUAUCCAAGUGUCCUGUUUACCACAGAGGUAUUUUCCUAUUCCCGUCCCUAUUUUAUUCCGCCUUUCUUUCUUUUCUUUUGCAAAAGGCCUUGUAAAAUAUGUCAGGGAAGCCUACGCCACUCUGGAAGCCAGACAAGAAUGCUGUGGCCGGACUGCUCACAGGAGCGAGUCACUGGCAACAUCCUAUGUCUCUUUGCUGGGAGACCUGUACUGGUUGCCAGUUUGCUACCAGCCCAGGCAGAAGGUUUUUGUGUUCAUUCUCAACAACUUGGGCUCCAAGUACCAUAAGGCACCUACCGUAUUUUUUGCUCUGUAAGACGCACUUUUUCCCUCCUAAAAUGUAAGGGGAAAUGUGUGUGCAUCUUAUGGAGUGAAUGCAAGCUUCGCAGCUAUCCCAGAAGCCAGAACAGCUAGAGAGGGUGCUGUGUAGCGCUCCCUCUAGCUGUUCUAGCUUCGCAUGAAGCCUCCGCAGAGCACGGGGAGCAUUCAUCCCCGUGCCCUGUGGAGGCUUUGCGGGUCUAUCCAUGGCUUUUGCGGGAGGUGCGAGAAGGGACAGAGCGGGCGGCUCUGUCCCUUCCCCCACCUCCCGCAAAGCCAGGGAUAGGCGCACUCCCUUUAAAGAGUUGUGCAGAGUGUGUGUGUGCGGCUCUUGGGGGAAAGCCUGCAAGCGCCACACACACACUCCACGCGGCUGGUGAAAGGGAGCACUGAGCAGAACCUGGGAUACAUACAGGCUCUGCUCAGCGCUCCUUUUAAAUAAUAUUUUUUUUCCUUGCACUCCCCCUCUAAAACCUAGGUGCGCCUUAUGGUCAGGUGCAUCUUAUGGGACAAAAAAUACGGUAAUUCCUUACGCUUGAUCACUGAGAGCUUCUGAUGAGGCACUUUUUGCAGUCUCUCCAGUGCCCCGAGGCUGAAGGCUCAUCCACACUUUUGCUUGUCCCACCUCUUUACCAGUCUUUCAGACCCUCCAAGAAACCAUCCCAGUUUCUGAUUAGUAAUAAUAAUAAUAAUAAUAAUAAUAAUAAUAAUAAUAAUAAUUUAUUAUUUAUACCCCGCCCAUCUGGCUGGGCUUCCCCAGCCACUCUGGGUGGCUUUCAACAAAAUAUUAAAAUACAGUAAUGCAUCAAACAUUAAAAGCUUCCCUAAAGAGGGCUAACUUCAGAUGUCUUCUAAAAGUCUGGUAGUUGUUGUUCUCUUUGACAUCUGGUGGGAAGGCGUUCCACAGGGUGGGUGCCGCUACCGAGAAGGCCCUCUGCCUGGUUCCCUGUAACUUGGUUUCUCACAGCGAGGGAACCACCAGAAGGCCCUCGGCGCUGGACCUCAGUGUCCAGACAGAACAAUGGGGGUGGAGGCGCUCCUUCAGAUAUUGAUUUGAUCCCGGAAUGUCCUAGAGCCCUCCCACCUCAUUCCCAAAGCUGAGAAACCACUAGCUAUGCUUUGGGGAGAAGGGAAGAGCCCUCAUGUCUGAGCCCUCAUGCUUCCUCCCCAAAGCCCACUGCCUCCCUUACCCAGCUUUGGGAAGGCAGCACGAAGGCUGCAGCGGUGGGUGUCAAAUAUUGAUGGGGCCACCGAAAUAAAGUAUUGAGGGCCAUGUUUGGAAAGCCCUGAUUUAUCCCCACCUACAGUAGAGGGCAGCCUACUAAUGUGGAUCAAAAGGAUGCAAGAAAACAAGAUCCCAUCAUGUUGCAAUAAGUAUGUUUUGAUUUUAUGGUUUAGCAUUGUUUAUAUUUUGAAUUGCAUAUGGGAAAAACACCAUAGAAGAGAAGAAAAGAGUUUGGAUUUGAUAUCCCACUUUAUCACUACCCGAAGGAGUCUCAAAAUGGCUAACAUUCUCCUUUCCCUUCCUUCCCCACAACAAACACUCUGUGAGGUGAGUGGGGCUGAGAGAGGUCAGAGAAGUGUGACUAGCCCAAGGUCACCCAGCAGCUGCAUGUGGAGGAGCAGAGACGCGAACCCAGUUCCCCAGAUUACGAUUCUAUCGCUCUUAACCACUACACCACACUGGCUCUCAAGCAUAAUCUUUCCACUGCUUAAGGCCUGUACUAGUCUUAAUCCAGCCCUGGUUUACCCACUGCUGUCAGUGCUCUAGCCCCAUCAAGGACUCCUUGCUUUAGCCAUUUCCAUUUUUAACAGGACCAGGAAGGAGAGACUCCGAGUGCAGACGAUCCCCAGGCUGGAUGUGGUCCUGCUAAUACCACCUGUGCUCUCUUCCAGUUUAGAAACCGACCGUGGGUGGUGGUCGCAGCAGAAACACUGCCCCGCCCCAGCCCCCUCAAGAGGCCCGGGAUGCAAGGGGGGGCUUGGCGGCACCAAUGGCCUUCUUGUCCCGGUUCUCCCGGAACGGAUCCAGGGCUCCCAGCCGGCGGAUUCACGAUGACACCGUCAGCCACCCCAUCCUCAGCGUCUUCGAGCUGGAGAGGCUGCUCUACACAGGGAAGACAGCCUGCAACCAUGCCGACGAAGUGUGGCCAGGACUCUACCUGGGAGAUCAGUACGUACCAGCCCAGAUGUCACUGUGGGGACGGUGGUGGGGAGGAAGUCCUGUGAUCUACAGCUGCUAAGGACUGGAGGGCAUGCAUGACAUUGCCUACUAUCAGGGACUGGGCAGAGGAGGAAUGGUGGAGACCACCUCCCCAUCCUGACCUCUCUAGGGAGGAGGAAGAAGAAGACAGUACAGUGGUACCUUGGUUGUGAACAGGAUCCGUUCCAGAGGCACGUUCGCAACAUGAAAGGAAUGCAACCCACAGUGGUGCAUCUACGCACAUGCGGGUUGCGAUUCACCGCUUUUGCGCAUGCGCGUUACGUCAUGCGGCGCGUCUGCACAUGCGCAAGUGGCGAAACCUGGAAGUAACCCUUUCUGGUACUUCCGGGUUGCCGCAGGAUGCAACCUGAAAAAAAAGUAACAUGAAGCAAACGUAACAAGAGGUAUGACUGUAUAGAUUUACAACAGGGGUUUGAGGGAGGUCACAGCUUAGAGGCAGAUGAGGCGGAAAGUUGGGAAAUAAUGGUAGAGGAGGAGGCAGGACCGGAAUGGCAGUUGGCUGGCACGAAAGCCUUCCAGACCCCCCCAUCUGCCAGAACCUGGCAAGCCUUAAAAGUAGGAGAGCAAAGAGCUCCAAGACAGAAAGCAACGUAGCAGCACCCGUAGAAGUGAUGAAUGAGGAAGUGGGAGAGACGAGGGGUUGGAGAUUCACUUGGGACAACAUCAUUAUCCAGGAGGCUGGGUACUAUAAUAUUUAUUUAUUUAUUUAUUUAUUUAUUUAUUUAUUUAUUCAUUCAUUCCACCUUGCCCAUCUGGCUGGGUUUCCCCAGCCACUCUGGGCGGCUUUCAGCAAAACAUUAAAAACAGAAUAGAACUUCAAACAUUAAAAACUUCCCUAAACAGGGCUGCCUUCAGAUGUCUUCUAUAGCCUCUCUCUGUAAUUUUGAAAUAAAAAAGGAUGUUAAGGAACUUUUCCUUGUUUUUAUACUUUCCUGGGCAACCAGCCAGGAGCUGCUGACAGCAUCCUGGCACCUACAGAGGGACAAAUCUCCAUUUCUCUCUGUUUCUCAUGUUUCCCAUCCUGAAGUUCGUUCCACCCCUUUUCUGCAUCCAUUUGAGUUUUCUGUUUAAAAGCCUGCACGAGCAACCUUACUCCAUUAUGUGCACACCAGCCAGCUGCACUGAGAGGGUUGCUUAACAAGCUUCCCUGCUCCAUCUUCUUCCCCCCAUGUAGAGAUAUAGCUGCCAACCGCCGGGAACUGGCGCGCCUGAACAUCACCCACAUCCUCAAUGCCUCGCACAGCAAGUGGCGGGGAGGGGCCGAUUACUAUGAAGGCACUGGCAUCUGCUACCUGGGCAUCGAGGCCCAUGACUCGCCCACUUUCGACAUGAGCCCCUACUUUGAUCCCGCCGCUGACUUCAUCCACAAGGCGCUGAGCAGGACUGGAGGUGAGUCCAUGGCGGUAGGUGGCUUGAUGGCCCAACUUUUUGCAGAACUGAAUAGCUCUCCCUACCAUUGGUGAGAGUUUCACAUUAGGGUGACAAUGGUCUGGAUGGAAGUAGGACUGGUGCCUGUGAGCACACUGUCAUGGGAUUGGUGUGCAGAGAUUCUUCCACAUAUGUGGUGGACCUGUAAAAGGGUAGAGGAGUAUUGGGAAAUAAUUCAUAAUGAAUCGGAAAAAAUGUUUAAAAGUACUUUUCCCAAAACAAAUCAGAGUCCUUUUUGUUGGGGAUAAUUCAGAUGGAAAUUCCCAUGUGUCAAAAAAGGUUAUUUAUGUAUGCCACUACUGCAGCCCGUGUUUCAUUAGCCCCAAAGUGGAAAGCGAGUGAGGUCCUAUCUAAAGAAUAUUGGCAACUUAAACUGAUGAACUAUGUGCAGCUUGCGGACCUAACAUAUAGAAUAAGAGAACAAGAAGAACAUACGUUUAAAGAAGAUUGGAAGAUGUUUAUUAAAUAUAUGGAAAAUAACUGUGUACAGCUGAAAAUGCUGGCAGCAUUAAGAUAAAUUCAGCAGUGUAAACAAGUUUUGAUGGGUGUAAUAAUGGAAUACUGAAUGGUUUAGUUUAUGUAAAAUAUGCAGGGAUUUAUUAUGAUAUGAAAAAAUGAACCAUGGAAAGAGAAGAAAGGAAGUCAUUGACAUUUUUAGGUUGUUUAAAUGAAUAUUUUAAAUUGCAAAACAGAAAAUUUAAUAAAAAUUAUACACACACAAAAAGAGAUUCUUUCCCAUGGUGAGAGAUUAACUGUUACACCCAGACCAUAUCCAUAGCAUGUAUUUAAAGAGCAUGGCUUCCCCCACCCCAACCCAAGAAUCCUGAGAACUGUAGUUUGUUGCAGGUGCUUGAAAUGGCAUCUCUGUGCAUGGAGGGGUCCCCUAAAAACUCAGUUCCCAAGAAUCUUGGGGGAGAAGCCAAGAUCACUGGGUGAUCUUGGGCCAAUCACUACCUUUCAGUUUGCUCUACUUUGCAGGCUUGCUGUGAGGAACAAGUAGAAAGGGAGGACUGUGUGUGCUGCCUUGAGCAUCGUGGAGGAAAAGCUGAACACAAAAGUAAAAAGUCUAUGAGCCAGUGCACACUUACCUGAAAAUAAACCCUGCUGAACAUUGCAGGAUUUAUCUCUGAAUAUCUAUGCAUAGCAUAAAGGGAUGUGGGUGGCGCUGUGGGUUAAACCACAGAGCCUAGGGCUUGCCGAUCAGAAGGUCGACGGUUCAAAUCCCCACGACGGGGUGAGCUCCCGUUGUUCGAUCCCUGCUCCUGCCAACCUAGCAGUUUGAAAGCACGUCAAAGUGCAAGUAGAUAAAUAGGUACCACUCCGGCGGGAAGGUAAACGGCGUUUCCGUGCGCUGCUCUGGUUUGCCAGAAGCGGCUUAGUCAUGCUGGCCACAUGACCUGGAAGCUGUACACCGGCUCCCUCGGCCAAUAAAGCGAGAUGAGCGCCGCAACCCCAGAGUCGGCCAUGACUGGACCUAAAGGUCAGGGUUCCCUUUAGCUUUAGCUUUAUGCAUAGCAUAGGGGAGACAUUUUUUUAGGGAGUGCUACCAGGUGCCCCCACAACAGGCUCCCUCAUUGGAGCUUGGCUCCAGUGUGCAAGGAAGCUGCAGAAACAGCUUCCUCGUGCAACGGCUCAAUGCCGCCAGCCACAGCUCCACCCCUGGGUCAAGCCUGACCUGGGGGCAGAGAGAGGCUGCAGCAUACAGGGAAGAUGCCAAGUAUCUUCAUCAUGGCUGCAGUUCUGCUACACCACUGGCGCAAUAUAUAUUUGUUUUUGACGUGUCUAAACUGCCCAUCACCCUGAUGGAUCCCAGGGCAGUGUACAGCAAGGAAAAGAUGCAUCUUCAUGCACCAGUAAAAUUGAGGACUUGUCCAUACUUCUGCUCGUCCUGUGUCUAGAAUGCAUGGGCAACUGGGGACCUUUUUCGGGCAAACAGCCACAAUCCCUCCUGGGAAAUUUCCCGGGGCCAUCUGCCAAUGGUGGGUGGGGCCAGCUGCAAAAGUAGGUGGAGCAACCAUGCAAAUUUUACCUUUGUGUGAUAGGCUACUUUCUACACACACACACACACACACACACACACACACCCCUCUUUAUUCUCCAUCCAGGGAUGCAAGAGGCAUGAUCAGAGUUCAAGGAUACAUUCCGACCAAGUGAAAACACUCAAGGGGAGUGAAAAAUAGGACAUGAGGGCCAGAUAGUAAUGCCUGGAAGGCUACAUGUGGCUCCCAUUCUUGAGGUCCCUCACUCCUGUGUCCCGAACCAAAUGAGGAUGGAAAGAUAAGGUUGUGCUGGGGGAGGGAAUCUCUCUGGAGUUAUUUAAAUUGGUGGCAUUCUGGAAGAGAUCUUUGCUGAGGUGCACCUCUAACCUUACGGGCCAUAAAUGCCUCAGCUGCCAUUUGAUAUUCAAUAGUACACUUUAGCUACUCUCAGAUAAUGGUUUUAAUGCUGUUGGGAGCUCUUCAGACUGCAAUCUGCAUUACUUCAGUUUAUUCUGAAUGCGUUUAGUCAUCCCUACUGUGUUUGGAAGGCAGGGAGCUUCCUGCUCCUUCUGUUGAGUAGGGCCCUGGACCUCUGCCCCCAAGUCCAACCCUGAUGGCAACACUGUCAACACUUACUUUGCAUAUCUACACCUGGCACAUCUAUAUCUCCCCUUUCUUCCUGCAGGAAGGAUCCUUGUUCACUGUGCCGUGGGGGUGAGCAGAUCAGCCACUUUGGUCCUCGCCUACCUCAUGAUUUACCAUCGCUUGACCUUGGUGGAGGCCAUAAAGACCGUCAAGGACCACCGAGGCAUCAUCCCCAACCGGGGGUUCCUACGUCAGUUGGCUGCCCUGGACAACUCCCUCAGGUUGAAACAGAGGCCAUGAGUGGAAGAGCCAGAGGGGAAAACAAUGUUGGAGCCGGUCCUGAGGCAUUCCCAGGCCAUAAUUUGGGCUCUGGUAUCCCUGAACUUCCACAGUUCCCGCCCUGCAGAAGCCCAUUGCCUACAAGGCCUCUAAUUUCUAAAGUUAGCUUCAGGUGUCAGCCAGAGGUGAGCUGGCUCAGGUUUCCGAGAGGCAGAGAGUUCCCCAACCCCUCUCUCCAUUUCUCCCUCCUUUGGGAAGCCAUAAAAUGGGGCUCUUCUUCAUAUCAAGUCUCAACCUCAGACCAGGGGAGCCUUCAGCUAUCUAAAUCCCCUCAGAGUCCUGUGUGGUGUGGCCUGUCCCCAUAUUUGCUUUUAACCUUUGUUAAAGUGCUUGGGUAGUUCCUUAAUGUAUUUUAGCUGUGAGAAUAAAGUCCUGCAGAGACUAAAUGCAUCAGAGCAUUUUUCCACCCAACAGUGAUAGGCAAUUAUGGGGCAAGGGAAGAAGAAUAGGUUUGGUUACUGCUAGAGAGCCAUGCUGCUGGUGUCUGGGGUGGGGUGAGGAGUAGUCCCAGAACAGCAACUGCCCAAGGGUCCCAGGAACUUAGAAGGGCCUUCCACUGGCAUAACCCAGCUGCACCCCAAUUCAUCACCCUCUCUACCAAGCCCACAGGUGCUUUCAGUUACAGGUGCUGCUGCUGCUGCUUUUGAAUGGGAGCCAAAAUCAGCUCCCUUCCAGAAUGGCUGCCCACCAUUUUAAGUUACCCAAAAUGUAAUGCCCUGGACCACAGAUUUGUAAAAUGUAUUGCUUUCACAGCUCUGUAGUCUGAGUUGAUCAGUAAUUCUGUUGCAGCCACUACAAGCAGGGCUGGGCCCUGCCCUGGUUCAAGGAAGGUUGCUGGUUGCUGGCCAGGACCAUGCAAAGGGGCUUUCUAAAGCCUGGCACUGGCUUGGAUGGAAUGAAGUACACAGAGCACUAUUCCUAUUAUUUUUAACCAUUCUCCAUCACUUAAUGAGAAAAGAAACUGCAUUCAGAAAUUGUCAAAGGGGAGAGAAAAUGUUAGUGAAAUUCUCACAGGCAUGGUGUGGGCUUUUACUUACUUUUACUUACUUUCAAGUAGGCCAAGGGGCAUUCGUGAGCCUCUCUUCUUCCACUCUAGCUAGCUGGUCAAAUAUACAGAAUAUGGAGAAUCAAGCCUUUUCUGAAAUCCACUGUUGGGUCAUACCUUUUUUAGGACCAACCAAACAUGUCACCCAAAAGUGGCAAGUUUUGAAGAGGGAGCAAGGCAGCUUCAGCUCCAGAGACCUGCCAGGACCAGCAAUGAAAGGAGGUGCCGUUUGAGUGAUACCAGGCAUAAAGAUAAAAAGUUCAAUGGUUCCUAGAGCAGAAUUGCUGGUGGAGUGGAUUCCCCACCUCCUAGAAUGGAUUUUUUGUUUGUACCAGCUGCUGAAAGUUGAAGGAGCUCAGGUUCAUUCUAGGAACCAUGGGGGGGGGGUGGGAGAGACCAUAGAUCAGUGGUACGGAUAUAUUUUGCAUCCAGGUCCCAGGCUCAAUCCCCUGCAUCUCCAGGUAGGGCUGGGGGAGUCUCCCUGUCUGAAACCUGGAGAGCUGCUGCCAGUCAAUGUAGACAAUUCUCUGGCUCUGUAUAAGACAACUUCCUAUGCUGCUAUGAAUGGAAUGCUUCAUCCCUGCUCCAUCAGUUUGCUCCCUUGCCUACCUGUAAAUCCAUGCCCUCACCUGCCUUCAGUCACUCAUUGCCUGUGGCUACCAGGCGAGGGCUUAAAUCAGGCAUAGGCAAACUCAUCCCUCCAGAUGUUUUGGGACUACAACUCCCAUCAUCCCUGACCACUGGUCCUGUUAGCCGGGGAUGAUGGGAGUUGUAGUCCCAAAACAUCUGGAGGGCCGAGUUUCCCUAUGCCCGGCUUAAAUGCAAAGUUGGCUCACCAGAUGCAGCAGAGAGCACACUUCCAGCUUUGCAAAGUUACCCACAGCAGAUCACAGAAAACAGCUCCAACCUGGAUACUCCUGCAAGAGUUCCAGCAGCUUUGGCAUUUCCUACGCUGGCAAUGAAAAUAAAUUGAUGUCGUUGGCUAGAGUGUAAUGUCUGGUUUAAAGAUGGCUAUCUUCUGCCUGUUCUCCCCCCAUUGUUCAUUUGGGAUGUGGACAUGGCACAAAAGAAGUUCAAAGGCACUUUUAGCACCAGGUGUGAGAAAUGAUGCCAAGGCCCUUUUCAUCAGUAUAUAAGCAAAAUUAAAUCGGAGGUUCUGCACAGCUGUAUUAUUCAGCAAUCCCUUUCCUCCAUAGCCAUGUUCUCCUUAUAGAUGCCAACCUCAGUCUGUCGUCAUCCAUUUCCUGGCUGCCUGCUUGCCUUCCCACCCAGGUGGCGGUCGCAGCUGCCAAGUUCCUCCCCCUUAGUCUCAGUGUUGCCCUUUUAGAACUCAGCAGGGAGAAGGAUGGGGACAAAACUAGAAUAAGUUGGCUCUGCCUCUCACUGGCUCCGGUCCCACCAACCUUUGGCCUGCCUGCUUUCUGUGCAGAAUUAUAUGUGUGGAAGUUGCCCAGGGUCAUUUGACCCUUUUAAAUAGUCCUUUUUUCCCUUCCGAUAAAAGACCAUGCAAAAUA